GGGUGAAAAUCGCGAUUGCUCGAAAAUGGAGGUUGCAGGGAGGAAAGUUCCAUCGCCGGUAAUGUCUGACCGCUGUAACGAAAUUAUUCUUUUUCUACUCUUCUGUACAGCUGGGAGGGGAGCAAAUAUUUGUUUAUAUAGACUUUCUUGUGAACAGAGCGAUGAGGCAUAAAUUAGAUUGUUCUGAAAAUCUCCUCUCAGUACGUACUUGACAAGAUACAUAGUGAGUUUGAAACCAGUUAUGAAAGGUAUCAUGUAAUACACAGCCCAUAACCCAGUAAACAAUACAGUGAAGUGCUAACCUCGCAAACGAGGUAUCUUGUCACACAGAAAACGAAUGUGAUUGAAAAUGUUCUUAGUAAGUAUAAUACCAUAUAUAACAUCCAGAGAUUGAGCUGAUCAUGUAAUAGAGUGGCUGUAAAAAAUCCGUCCAUGGAACGAAAUGAAUUGUUAUAGAUCAUAAAGUACAUAUUGUUUUAUCAUUUGUUGGCAAUAAAAUGUGUAGAACUAAAAAGAAUUAACAUUUGUUGAAUGUCAAAGGACACUCGUAGCCAACUAUCAGAUCUCAAAGUAAUAUGCUCUCACUCAACUCUCCCCUGUUAUUCCGAAUUCAGUUAUCAUUCUGCUUAGCCUUCACUUUCACCGUUAGGGAUGUACUUGAGUUGUAUAAUAAGUCGUGAAAGGGCUGAAACCAAGGACGUUUUGGUGUAACUGCUUUUAUAGCUGCUAUUUUGAAUGUGAGACAAGAAGCUCAAAGAUGGGGGUUGGAUAGCAGGGGGGUUUCCCUCCUCCUCCUCCUCCUCCUCCUUCCCACCCUUUUUUUUCCACACUUUCAAGACUUCUUCAAUCUUGCCAGUCCACAAUGGUGUAUGAAACAUUCAAUCAUAUCAUUUUAGCACCUCCAUGUUUGAAGUAAUUGAAGCAUUUUUUUUUUCAGGCAAGAAUUGAAGGUUAAAAUAUGCUAUCUGUCUAUAAUCUUGCACACUCAUUGUCAUCAUGGUUUUAUUUAAAGUAUUAAGUAAUUGUUCAAUUUAAGUUUGGAAGUGAGAAUAGGAUAUGUCCUAAGAACUUUUGUGAGAACAAUGCUUUAAGAUAAGAGUUUGUGUAAUGAUGUGAAUGAUUGAAAUACAAUUUUUUUAAACAACUAACACUUUUUACAGACAUGAUUUCAUGGUAAUGAAUAUUCAGAAUAAUUUUUUUAAAGAGGGAACUCAUUUUUGUACUUACUAGAUAUUUGCGACUAAGGAUAAUCCUGCAGCUGAUCCCCGUCAAAUGAGGAGGAUUAUAGCUGAAGAUCCUGACUGGUUAGUCAUUGAUUUAAUCUGUUUUGUUAGUCCAUAAUUAUGUCUGUUUGCAAUGUGAGGUCAAGGAAAUACAUUUGAUAUUGGAGCAAUACAGUUUGGUAGUUUGGUUUACACUACUCUAAAUAUACAGAAUGAAAAAACAAAAUAUAGAGCAAAAUCAGCUGGACUGGAUAAAACACAACUUUGACUUGUUUUGGUCCAUAGCACUUGACUAUUGGCAUGAUAAACUAGCAACAAGAUCAGACGACUGACAUAUAACUGAAGAAUAAAAAGGAAAAAGAACUAAACAUAGCUUGUUUGGGUGUUUUUUUCACUUGAAUAUUCCAUAAACAGUUGAUAGUUCAUUCUCACAGGUACUAGAGAAGGGCAACCUUAACAAUCAAAAUCUUUUGAUAGUGGAAUACAUAUGAUGCAUAUCUUACAUUUAUUUGAUUGUGGGAUAUAAUUUUUAACAUCUGUAAACAUUUGGCUCCUAGUUCUCACAACUUUUCACUGUUGUAAUAUGUGCUCUGUAUUCUAGGAGUCUAGCCACUGUUCCACUGCUUACAGAACUCUGUGUGAAGCACAUAGUGCAAAAUUUUGAAGGUAAUACAUUUGCCAAUGUUAUUUUUUUAUUUCUUGGGAUACAUCCAUGUUUGUACAUAUUUUUUCAGUUUACUUUUAACAUUAAGAGUCCUCAGUACAGUAUUUAUACUUAGUAUUGGACAUGUAAUCUCUUUCUUGAAUGAAAAAUGAGAUCAUACUAAUUAAUGCAUCAGUGUGUUAAGUAUACUCUUGACAUCACAUAAUUAUGUGAUUGUUUGAGCACACCUAUGAGGCUAUAAAAAUUGGCUGGUGUUUAUGCAAACUCUUACUCAGUAGAAAAAUUAUAAAAUAAAAUUUAUAUGUCAUGUAUGUGUAUGAUAAAGGCAAAUUUCACUUUUUUGACAGAUAACCCAGUUCUUGAUGAACUCCUACCAAAACAUAAGUUCAAAGUACUUGAAGCCUUGUCAACGGAAAUUGCCAUGAAGUAUGUGUAAAGUUUUGUCCAGAGCUUAAUAAUUUUUCCAGACACUAAGUUAAUGUUCAUUUAUGUAAUCUCAUUGAAUUGUUUUAAGUGGUCCAGAUUUGAUUUUUUAUUCUUGCGUAUGUAACAGAGUUACUGCUGGACUGGUUUCUGAUGAAGGAUAUUGGAAAAGAUGUUGUAAAGCACGAUGGGAAGUUUGUGAUAUCAACAAGAAUGGAAACAGUUGGAAGAGGAUGUACUUUGAAAGGAAUUUAGAAGGUUUGUACUUCUACAGCUGAAUAAAUCAGCUUUUUGAUAUUAACAAUAUAGAGAAGCUGUUAUUUGUGCAGCAGUAACAGCAGAGCAUUGCAUAAGAAUAACAAGUGGUGUGUGUUUAGAACAGUAAGAUUUUAGGGGGACUUAAGAGCCAUUUUAUGUUUUCCUUUCUACCCUCUCUUCCAUCCCCAUUUACACUGUCAACACAUUGGUGAGGGUGUCUGAAUGUUUGAGCUGUAGGGAUUGCAAGGCUAGAGAGCAGUUGACUGUCUUUGGGGUUAGCAGUACACAUAGAACAUCCCUGGUACCUGUCAUCCGUUAUCAUUCAAUAUAAAACUUGAUGCAGUUGUCCAUCGGCAUCUCUAGAAGCUCCACUACUUGUACUCUUUAAUUAAAGCAUCAUGAUAUUGGUGCAUUAAUGUUAUUUAAAUCAUGAUCAUGAUACCAGUAAUCAAUAAUGGCCAGAUGAUUUGGUUAAUUUGAAAAUUACUCUGUUUCUGCUUAUUACAGUAACUAUAAAUGAUUUGAACUUGCAAGAAGGCCAUUGAAUUACACUGCCUGAUUUGAUUUUCACUUAUUUUCAGGUCUCAUUGAAAAUUUUGUCCCAGAAACCACAGACCAAUCUUUGGUAAGCUUUUCUGGCUAUUGACAAGGGAGGCUAAGCAAUAGAAAUGCAAUAAUUUUUUAGCAAUUUAGGUUGAAACUUCUGUCAUUUUGUGUCCAUGACAUGAAAAGCAUUGUAAGAUCUCCAGUUGUGAUAUCGGAAUAUCUAUGGGAAAAAUGUUGACUUUUGGAUAAUUCUUGCAAGCAUUAAAGUAAUCCUUCAAACAAUGUUGUCACACUAUGCUCUACUGUAUGUACAAAUAGUUUUUACCACCACCAAUUGGGAUUUAAAGCUGUCCAAAGUUGGAGGGCAAAUACUCAGCCAACAUUCCCACAUUUGAUUAAUGUUGCAUAAUUGCACCAGUCAAAGGAUCCCUAUAACAAAGAACAAUCAUGUGAAAAACCCCAAAACCACUUGUUUUCAAGGAACAAUCCAAGAUUAAAACCAAAAUUUUGUUAAUCUGAAUUGAAUGUAGCUGGCUAUGUUUGGAAAGAGCUAUUCCUUUACCUGCUUUGGACAUGUCAUGGUGUUAAAUUAGUAUUUACUUGGAUGUAUUGUUUUCCUUCUUGAACAGUUGAAUGAAACCCUUAAGUUGUCAGCCCCAUAUGUGAGAGGAUUAAACAUCAAACAACUUCUUCCUCCUGUAAAAGAAGCUUUAAUCAAAGAUGAUGACACCUCGGAUGCGUAAGUAGAGAACUAUGAAAACUUGACUUUGUAAUCUUUUUACUUGAAUUAUUUAGAAGUAGUUAUCCCUAAUUCAUGUUGCUCUAGCUGAUGUGUACACAACAACUAGGUAGUAAAUCUUUGUGUGGCCCAUCACUUCAGACUGAUGAGUAAUUUUUGAAAAUACAGUAUAUCCCGGAAUAAAUGCCACAGGCCUAUUAAAGUUUUUGGGCCAUAUAUUAAAUGGUAGUUCUUAUUGGAAACAGUGGCGGCAUCAUCAUUAGAACCAUCAAAAUGCAAGUUCAGGGCACAGCUUGUGAAAGAAUUCUUGGAAUGGGAGCCUCAUUGAGACCACAGCAUUUAUUCUUUCCUAAAUGGGGUGCAUAUUUGAGGGAGGUGCUUAUUUCAUUGUCACACUUAUUCUUACUAGUAAAUACAGUACAGAACUAGAAACUUCUUCCACCUUCCUUGCCUCCCUUCUUUUUCUUUCCUUUUUUACAAUUUUUUCUCAUAAUGUUUACCCAUUUGACUAUUUAGUGGGAGUGAUGCUGGACAGGAUGGUCCAAACAUUGAUCAUUUUGACUUUGGCCUUAUAACACCAUCACUAAUACAUCUGGAAGAACUUCAUUUGACUUAUGGGUAAAGAUGAAAUAUUUUUCCUUUUGUUAGCCUUUACAUUUAUUACAGUGAUAUGAAAAGCAGUGAUAAAUCCUUCCUUUAUGUAAGCUGAACAUGUAUUAUAUUAUGCCUCACAAGUUAUACAUUUUUAAGAUUCUUAGUAAUUGCAGAAAGAAUAUUGAGUUGUAUAGUUACAUACUCUUGAUUUGCCUUUUUUUUCUUACAGUGUUCGUGAUUGUGGAAUGAACUUCGAAUGGAAUUUAUUUCAGUUUACUGCCAGAGAUUGUCUUCUUCUGGCUAAGGUUGGUGUUGUGUUACUAGGAUCUUUGUACACUGUGUAUAAAGAUGACUCCAAUUUUUGUCGGGUCCCCAGAAGAAUGUAACACAACUGAUCCCACCCAAUGCUUUGCCCAACUUCUUCAUGAUCUGGAGUCUAGAGAGCUACCCUUAGGCCACUAAAUAGAUAUUAGACUACUAGAUAUUUUUUUGGAAAUGAGGUAAUAAGGAAUUGAGAUCCCCAGUUUCUUUUCUCCCCCAUUUCAAAAUUGCUUUAUCUUUUACACCUAAAUAAACCAACAAACGGUUUUUAUAGAACAAUAGCACAUUGAACAACACUGAAAGAGGGGGAAAGAAACAGUAAGGGUAGGGGUAUCUAAGCCAAGCUUAAAAAUAGAACUGCAUUUAGCUUAAGUUUUACCAACAUUUUCUUGCAAAAUUUAAGUUAAAACUUCUAUCUUCCAAGACCUGAUUGAUAACUUUUCCUUCCCACCCUGUAUGUCAUGGACAGGGAAUGUGGUGUUGAAUCAAGAAAACACCCUCUAGCUAAUAUUUUUGUCCAGUUUCAUAACACCAGCUUGCUUGAUAUUGAGAAAGAUGUUUUCAUCUUGUUACAAGCAAGGAACAUAGAGAAAAUUCUAAGUCCCUAUGAGGAAUCGAACCUUAGACCUUCGGAUUCCGCGCUCUGAUACUCUAACCACUGAGCCACUGAAACUCUAUGGUGAGCGAGGUCUAUAACGAGGUUCAUAUGACACACGUCCUGCAUACUACUGGAUCAGCAAUGUCGAUAGCGUCAUGUUUGUAAAUAGAAUAAGAGAGAUGGUAAGUUUUGAGCUCGGUAUUGAUAUUGUCAUAACUGAUUUUUGGAGGAGACGUUUGACGUUAAACAUUGCUGAGAAUUUAAGGAUUUCGCUGUAAAAUGCAGCUUUGGUAUUCCUUGAUUUUAUCAUGUAAUUUAUUCCUUAGGCAGUGAAGGCAUGUCACACAUUAAAAGUCUUCCACCUCCACAGAAGUGGUGUGGAUGACGAGAAGGUGCGAGUUUUAAUCAGUCAUGUAUUGGACCAUCCCUCUCUUCUUACUUUAGGUUUGUAAAAUGUCAACAACAUUCAUUUUAUAAUAUUACUGGACAGUUCCGAGAAUAACAAAUAUAGAAUUUCCCAGUUGCGAGCAGAUCCCAAAUGAAACGAGGCAACAAAAAUGACAGACGGGAGCCAAAGUAGAUAGUUUUGUGACUCUGUGAAUGUAGAUUAAUGUUCAAUUUUUUGUUUUGUUAUCUUUUAGUGGUUUCUUUGAGAGCCUUCAUAUUUAUUCCGUUUGGCGCAAUUCCCUUGAAUUGCCAAAUGACACAUCACAUGUAACUUGAAAGGUCAUGUUUGAUUUACUGCUUCAGAUCUUUCCCACAACAAGAUUGAAGACAGUGGUGCACGAGCGGUUGGUAAGUUACUGAAUGGUCGAUGUAACCUCACCACGCUAAACCUUUGUGACAACAAAAUACGAUCGAUUGGUGCUGCCGCCAUAGGACACGCCCUGGGGAAAAAUAUCACGCUAACUUGCAUUAAUCUCAGACUAAACAGGUAAAUAAUACUCAUUUGAUUUUAGUUAACUGAAUUUGAGCAAUGAAGCCUACACUUAGGUCCUGUUGUUUUGGUUGAAGCAGCUAAGUCCUUAUUGGAACACUUCACCAACCGUUUUUGGUUGAAACGCGGUAACUCCUAGGAAUAAUCAUUUCUAGUUUCCCCCGCGGCUAUCAUGUAGUGGGAUUGCUACUACUUAAUCACUAUUUUCCACCGAUUUACACGAUUAUGAAUUCUUCUGCUUCUUGGAUGUUUGGGUUAUUGAAAGAGUACGAGUUACUUACCAUUUUGUUUUUGUCAAUAAGGAGAGUCACGGCCAGGAAGGGCUCCCAAUUUCGGUUGAUCACUCUACAUAACCUACCUUAUAUAUACCUAACCUUUAUAGAAGGUUUUUUUUUAUUGUAACUUUGGAGUUUUAGUGUAGGUGGGAUAGACAGCGUAGACUAAACUUACUAGAAAAUACAACUAUUUCAAAUAUUUCUGGACAUUCAGAGCGGAAAUGAUGCACUUUGUUUGGGUGGAUUAUGGUCCAUCUGUUCUGCCUCACUCUAGCUCUAAACUACCACUUAAGCACUCAGUACUGACUUUUGAGAAAAUACUUUUUUUGCAGCGGCCUACACUACUUACUGCAUCCGAUGUAUUGCACUGCACGCUUCCUCGCUUCACUCAUAAAACAGACAAUAAUGUCUCUGUUUUUCUUAAUAUAUCUUUGUUCAGUGUGCAUCUCAGUGAUAAUUAUCAUACGAUCCUAUAUUGCAUCCGGUAUAUUGCACCGCACGCUUCCUCGCCUCACACAUAAAACGGACGAUAGUGUCUCCAUUUUUCUUUAUAUAUCUUUGUUUAGUGUGCAUCUUAGUGAUAGUUGUAAUACGAUCCUAUAUUGCCGCCUCAUUUAUUUCUCAUUUUGUAAUCCAUUCAUAUAAUCGUUCUUCAUUCUUCCUUCCUAUUCGGGCGCCUGUCAGUUGGCCAACACUUUUCUAUUAAAAAGAAAAUAAAUCUUUAUUGCUUAAUCGUUUGUGAUUUACAUUUUGUUUUUCAUUUGAGAACUUUCUUGCUAAAAAUUUAUGACACUGGACUUAAAGUUCCUCUUUGCACGUGGUUGUUGUUUUUCCCCCAGAUUGGGAGAUGAUGGUGGUCAAGCAAUUUGUCGUUCUCUGUUUAAAAACAACACCCUUACGCAUGUUCAUCUUGGAAGUAACGAUCUUGGUGAACCAACAGCGGCUAUUUUGUCACAGGUAUGCAAAAACAUAAUUAAGACAAGUUCCGUUCCUGCGCUUUUAGAUUGAUUGUCGUAAAAUCCGCUUGCGUAGAAUCAAACUGAAAGGUACAUGUAAUCGCAACAACCUAUUAGAACAGCCCUUUCCUCUGAUUGGCUAUUAUGAUUCCUAGAUUAAGCCGAAACCUUCGAAUGAUUGUACGCCGCGGGCCUCGACAUCGAGAAAAGGUGUCUAAAGAGGUUGCAAUUGGUUUAUUUUUGCAUUUGAUUUGCUGAAAAGGAGGCGCAAGAUUUGUCAACCAAUCACAGAAAUCAGUAACUUCAAACCAAUGCAAUCAAUGACCCCUUUCUACACGUUAAAAGGUGGGUUUUGUUACACACAACCGUUAUGAAACUUAACCCUUAACUCCCAUGAUUGACCAAGACAGAAUUUCUCCUUACAAUAUCAAGCAGACAAGUGAUGAGAAUAAAAAAAAUAUAUCAUUUAGGGGAUAAUUAGUUGAUUCAAUACCAAACUUUCCAAACUAACAUCAUACGAACUAUAUGGCAGACAGGAGGGAGAAUUACUAAUGAGAUCUUGGGAGUUAAAGGGUUAACCCCGGGAGAAGAGCUUUGGGAAACUUUCGAGAUUCUCUUUCAGUUCCUUUUCAGCUCUUGAGGGAUAAAGCCUUGUUGCUCAGGAUUGAGUAAUCAAAUUUUCCAUGGCUAGUACAUGUUUAUUUUCUCUUCUGGACCUUAAAGACACUAACUCGCAUCUUUUUGUACAGGAUUUUGCAUUGUAGUAUGACUAUCUUUAUCAUGAAUUACUUCACAAGGUUUUAGCUGCUAACAAGACUUUGGUGGAUAUUAACUUGUCGUGCAACACAAUAGGACCGGUUAGUUUUUUAUUUUGCUUUCUAGUUUCAAUACUAUAUUUCAUAAGUGAGUAAUAAUCACCAAGAUUUUCUUUGAUGACACAAAUUCAAGUAUAAUGAUGUGAAAUGUUUGUGGUACCAUUUCGUAUGAUAUAAAUGACUGUGCCGAUAGAAUCUGAGAGACAAAUUAUGACCGAAUUUCAGUUGGCUUGAAACAAUUUUUUUGAGACACCUACCGACUAUGUUCAAAGAGCUGAAAACCAACUUUCACUCUUUGCAGUCGAACCAAUUUUACACAUGUGUUUACCAAAUGAAAGAAGUUUGAAAUUGUGGGCGUGGCAUGGCAAUCGCUGUUCUUAUACAAUUUUUUUUUUUUUUCUUACUCGAUAAGCUGAAAACCACUCCGCUUCGCGUCGUGGUUUCCUACGCUUAUCUCGUGUUCUCCCAACUUCCGCGUGUUUACAUCAGGCUAUGUAAACACGGAAACCAUUUUACAUUUCUUCAAUAAAAUUUAUUUUGUCAGGAUGGAGGAAAGUCAUUACAAGAAGGAAUGGAGGAAAAUACCACGAUACAAACCAUGGACCUAAGACUAACAGAAGUAGGACAAGAAAAUGAGUACUGUAUAAACCAAUUACUAAAAAGAAACAGAGAAGAAAAAUACAGACAAAGUCAGACAAGUUAAUUUAGUUCUUGGAGAACAAAUGGAGUUUGAUUCGCCGAAUACGUUUAAAAUUGUGUACGGUCACAUGAAGUGCUCAUAAUACCUUUAGAUAUUUAUUUCUCAAACGAAAAGCUCAGAAACUACAUAUCAGUCUUAGUUUCAUUGUUUUUUUUUUGUUUUUUUUUUUCAUUCGGAAACUCUAAGGUUUUAUUUGAAGGGGUACCUUUUGUAAAAUACCUGUUUAAAUAAUAUUAAUGUUGUAGUAUGUCAGAGUGACACAGUGCUUCUUUCAUGGCCUAAGACGCUUAAUUAUUGUAAAUAAAUAAUUUUUUAUCAUAUCCGAUUUGGAGUUGUUGCGGAGAAAAACGCACAAAUCGCAGUACACUUCACCAUCCCUUGUUGGUAAAUUUCUGUUACAUGGCGUUGAGCGAAAUCAAUAUGACAAG